AUGCGCCGCUUCAAUUUGAUUCUGCUGGCUUCCCUCCAGCUUGUCGGAGCUCGGUCACCGGGGGGGUUUAACAUUCACGAGGACUUGUUGACGUACCCUCAGUUUGAGGUCGUAUUCGAUAAUCAAUAUAUAUCCGAGAAAGACGCCCAUUCAUUACUCGAUAGUCAACAUCCUACAUAUUCCGCCGACUUUGCGCAAUCAACAUUAGGUCAAGCUCGGGAAGCUGACGCGCGCGACAAUGAAGCCGAGAACAAAGACCAGGAUGGGCCCUCGUACAAGUACGAACUCAUGAAGAUGCCGCCUAACGAGUAUCUUUGUUCUAUACCUAUUUUACAAUCUCCCGAAGCAGAGAAUAAGACGGCCAACGAGCUAGCCAAGGCCGAAGAAGCGCGCGAGCUCACUCGUGCGACAGCUAGUGGAUGGGAGCUUCUUUCGGAAUUGGAGGAUUCGUGCCUCUACUUUAUGUCAGGGUGGUGGAGCUACAGCUUCUGCAAUAACCGCGAGAUCGUUCAGUUCCACGCCCUUCCUUCGAUACCAAACGGCCAACCUCCCAAGCGCGACCCCCACACGAUGGAGUUUACGCUCGGAAGAGUCCCUGCCGUUCCAGCCAGUGCAGCGCACCAGGCAAAGAUGAACGGUCAAGAAGCACCACCUCCAGCGGAAUUGCAGGUCAAGGGUGACCAGCGGUAUCUCGUUCAGAGGCUCGAAGGGGGAACGAUUUGCGACUUGACGGGAAGAGAGCGCACGAUUGAGGUCCAGUACCACUGUGUACCAGGCAUGAAGGCCGACAGGAUUGGAUGGAUCAAGGAGGUCACUAUUUGUGCUUACUUGAUGGUCGUCAACACGCCGCGUCUGUGUAACGAUGUCGCUUUCCUACCCCCCGAAGAAACCCGGGCGAACCCAAUUACAUGCAAGCUCAUCUUGGACGAACUUAACGAGCCCCCCUCGUUGGACCAAACGGUACCUUUGGCGCAGGACGAAGCCCAAGUGCCACUGAAGCAGGAAGAUACGGGCGCCAAGUCUGAAGAUGCAGCACCUAGGGAUGUCGGAAAGGAACCGAUUAAUAUUGGUGGUGUUCUUGUAGGCGCCCGAAACGUGCUCUCCGGUGCGGACGAGGCAGGCAAACCACCAGCCAAGCUUCCUCCUCCACGCAGCUACUUCUCCAACUCCAAUACAGACACCGAGAGAUUCCUCAAAGUGGUCGCUUCAGGUAAGAGCAAAGAAGACGGCGGCGAAAUGGAAGUUCUCGGAAACGACGAGCUGGAGAAACUGGACCUCAAGCCCUCCGUAGUAAAAGACAUGACAGAACGUAUGAGGAAACUGGCAGGAAAAUACGGCUGGAAGCUUGAGCUCGUGGAGCUUCCUGGAGGAGAGAAGGAGCUCAGAGGUUACAUUGACGCUGAUGAGGAAGAGCUUGCUAAGAACAAGGCCAAGUUGAAGAAGGAAAAGGAGGCUGCUGCCAAGGCGAAGGAGGAUGAUGGGGAAGAGGUGGUGGAGGGUAGUGAGGAGCAGUUCUUUGAUAAGAAGGAUGAGCUGUAG